UUUGUCAUGUGAUGGAAGCAGUUGUAAGACAGGUACCCUCAGUUCAUUCUCGGUAAGGGGCAGUAGCCUGUGCGAGAGCGAGUGGAGCGCGAGUGGAUUUCUUUUUGCCUGAUUUCUUUUUUUGUUUCUUUCGGAUCGUCAUUCAGUGCCUGGAUGGCGUGGGACAGGUGUAACCAGGACUCGGUCUGGAGAGAAUUAGAGUGUGCUGCCUUGGUUGGCGAAGACCAACCUCUCUGUCCGGACCUCCCCGAACUCGACCUCUCAGAGCUUGAUGUCAGUGACCUGGAUGCGGACAGCUUCCUGGGCGGGCUCAAGUGGUACAGUGACCAAUCAGAGAUAAUUUCCAGUCAAUAUGGCAACGAGGCUUCCAACCUCUUUGAGAAGAUAGAUGAGGAAAAUGAGGCCAACUUGCUGGCAGUGCUUACAGAAACGCUGGACAGCAUCCCAGUGGACGAGGACGGAUUGCCUUCGUUCGAGGCCCUGGCAGAUGGGGACGUGACCAAUGCCAGCGACCAGAGCUGUCCCUGCACCCCCGACGGUUCGCCGCGCACCCCCGAACCAGAGGAGCCCUCCUUGCUGAAGAAGCUCCUUCUGGCACCCGCAAACUCCCAGCUCAGCUAUAAUCAAUACAUAGGCGACAAGGCACAAAACCAUGCAGCCAGCAACCACCGGAUCAGACCAACACCUGCUGUUGUCAAGACGGAGAUCUCCUGGAACAGCAAGCCGAGGGGGGGCUGUCCGCAGCAGAGCCGUCUAGUGAGGCGCCCGUGCACCGAGCUGCUCAAGUACCUGACUGCCACCGACGACAUCCUACUCCAGACCAAAGCCAGCGACGCCAAGAGCGCCUGGGGGGGUGGUGGCAAAGACAAGGGCGGCCUGCUGGGUGCCUCCUCCUCCACCUCCUCGUCGCCGUCCUCCUCCUCCACCUCCUCCUUCUCCUCCCUCUCCUCCUCCUCCUCUAUCGCCUCCAAGAAGAAGUCGUCCUCGUCGUCCGUCGUGUCGCAACAGCAGCAGCAGCAGCAGCAUCACCAGCGAGCCAAACCAACCACCUUGCCACUUCCUUUGACCCCAGAGUCUCCAAAUGACCACAAGGGAUCACCGUUUGAGAGCAAAUCCAUUGAACGCACAUUGAGUGUGGAGAUCUCUGGAACCCCAGGUCUGACACCACCUACCACGCCCCCCCACAAAGCCAGUCAAGAGAACCCUUUCAAAGCAUCACUCAAAACCAAGUUGUCUUCAUGCUCCUCGUCUGCCCUGGCGUACAAGAGGGUUCGGCUGAGCGAGGCGGGCCCCUGCGGCCCCCCAGCCCUAACCCCGACCCUAGGUGGGGGUCCCUCCAGGAAGGGCCCCGAGCAGACUGAACUGUAUGCUCAGCUGAGCAAAGCGUCCACUGCCCUCCCCAACUCGGUGGUCACCGCAACGACAGGGGGUUGCCAGGAGGAGCCCCGCGGCUUCAGCGACCACGACUAUUGUCAGUCGCCGGCGGCCAGCACAAAACGGGACGCUGACGCUAAUGCGGCUAACGCAGCUUAUGCUACUGUUACCAUGACGACUACUACGACAACCCCUCUGAUGCCCAAUCCGGUCAUGGCGGAGGACAGGCAUGUGAAAUGUAAGGACUCAGCCAUGCCACCCUCCUCCUUUUCUUCUUCCUCCUCCUCUUCUACAUCUUCUCCUACAUCUUCAUCCUCUUUGGCCAAGCAGCUGCAGCAGAGCUCUUACCCUGUGGCUACGGAGGCUCGGGGGCAGGGUGCUCGGGGACAGGACCGGACCCCCACCACCCAGACAAGAGCACCCCCACCACAGACCCUAGAUGGGGAUCAGCAUUCCACCAGCAGGAAGCAGCCCCUGCGAGACCAGGAGAUCCGGGCGGAGCUCAACAAGCACUUUGGCCGCCCCCAGCAAGCCAUUUACAGCCAGGGUGAGAAGGGGGGGGAGUUGGUGGUGGAGGAGGGGGGGCAGGGAGGAGGGGAGAAGGUUGUCGCCCCGCAGGCGUCCGAGGAGAACCCUGCUGGGGACGAGUACUACUGCAAGCUCCCUGGUUCUGGUUCUACUGGGUACCUGCACCCGGGUCUCCCGCCCUUCCACGAGGAACUUGAGCUCCAGGACCGUGGCGUGGAGGGGCGCUACCUCUACCCCUGGGAGGGCACCCCCCUGGAAAUGCUUUUCGAGUCCUGCUCGCCGUCCUGCUCGCCGUCCAGCUGCUCCCCCUCACGGGGCUCCGUCUCACCCCUCUCCUCGCUCCUCCUCUCCCCCAGACACUUUGUCUGGCCCCGUUCGGGCUCCCCCUCCUCCCGUUCUCGCUCCCGGUCCCGCAGUUCCUCCUCCCACCACCGGAGGCGCUCCCUCUCCAGCUCACCCGACGGACGCACCUCCUCCAGGCCUCGUCACAACAUGGACUCCAGCACUUACCGAUCCAGGACCCACAAAAGCCCUCACUCGCAGUCUCGAUCUCAGUCCAGAUCCCCCCUCAGCCGCAGGCCAAGGUACGACAGCUACGAGGAAUACCAACACGAGCGUCUGAAGCGGGAGGAGUAUCGCCAGGACUACCAGAAGAGGGAGUCCCAGAGGGCCGAGCAGAGGGAGAGGCAAAGUGAAAAAGCAAUACAGGAGGAGAGACGGGUGGUGUACGUGGGGAGACUGAGGUCCGACAGCACGCGAACCGAGCUAAAGCGGCGUUUUGAAGUCUUCGGCGAGAUCGAAGAGUGUGCCGUGAACCUGAGAGAUGACGGGGACAAUUUUGGUUUCAUCACCUACCGCUACACUUGUGACGCCUUCGCUGCCCUUGAAAACGGACACACCUUGCGCCGGUCAAACGAGCCCCAGUUCGAGCUGUGCUUCGGUGGACAAAAGCAGUUCUGCAAAUCGAAUUAUACAGACUUGGAUUCCCAUUCUGACGACUUUGAUCCAGCCUCCACUAAAAGCAAGUAUGACUCCAUGGAUUUUGACAGCUUGCUGAGAGAGGCCCAGCGCUGCUUGAGAAGGUAACAAGUGCUCUAGCAGCCGCUGUCUACCAAGAGGGAUGUCUUGAUACCUCACUAAUGCUUCUGUCCUUUGACUACGAGAAGUUUUACACUCUAUGUAAGAGAGUAUAUAAAGAGGAAUCUAUAUAUAUAUAUAUAUAUAUAUA